AUGUCGGGAGCAGCGUCGGCCGCUGGAGCGUCCAGAUUCCAGGCAUUCAUGAAUCACCCUGCAGGGCCGAAAACGGUGUUCUUCUGGGGACCAAUGAUGAAGUGGUGCUUGGUUAUCGCGGGUGUGAAGGAUCUUGGGAGGCCCGCUGAGAAAUUGAGUGUGUCGCAGAACGUUGCGCUGGCUGCUACGGGCUUUAUUUGGGUACGAUACUCGAUGGUCAUCACGCCUGUGAACUACUCUCUCGCUGCAGUCAACUUCUUUGUCGGCUCGACAGGGUUGGCACAGCUGGCGCGCAUUGCUCAGUAA